CGAAGGUUAAGCUAAGGACCUAAAUGUUCGACACGGCAUCCUAUCUCUCCCCUUCUCCCUGGCUUGAGUUUGCCGAAAGGGGGCAGGGGAUGAUCGAACCGACCUCCCAGCCUCCUUCUCAAGGUAGAUAGGUAGGUACUGACUAGAUAGAGGUAAACUCUGAUAAGUCGUUUACGUAUGCGGACACGAGUAUCCCUUGAUAAAACGGGGCGGACUUAAUAUCCCCCAGCCCAAAUCCCAACAUGUUCCUGAUCUAGCCGCCGCUACUCCCACCACCACCAUCACCACGACGUUGCUAGCUUACCUGUACCUACUACCUAAGUACCUAUUCUCAACGAGUACACAUCCAAAACCCCAACACCAUGCCACCCAAAGCCCUCCUCAUCACAGGCGCUACGGGCCACCAAGGCGGCGCCGUAAUCCAAGCGCUCCUCACCCACGCCCCCAACGCCUUCACCAUCCUCGCCGUAACCCGCGACGCCAACAGCCCCAGCGCGCAGCGCCUCGCGCAGAAAUCGCCCUCGAUCAAGCUUGUGCAGGGGAACCUAGACGACGUCGGGGCCUUGUUCCGCUCGGCGCGGAAGACGCACCCGGAGCCCGUCUGGGGCGUGUACUCCGUGCAGAUCUCCAUCGGAACGGGGGUGACUCUCGCGGGGGAAAUCGCGCAGGGAAAAGCUCUGAUCGAUGAGUCAGUGAAGGAAGGGGUGAGACACUUUGUGUAUGGGAGUGUUGAGCGUGGCGGCGAUGAGAAGUCUUGGGAUAAUCCGACGCCGAUCCCGCAUUUUCAGUCCAAGUACCAUAUCGAGCGACACCUAAGGGAUGUCACUGGCCCGGGGAACGAAGGCGAGGGGAUGGGGUGGACGGUUUUGAGACCGGUUGCUUUUAUGGGUAAUUUGACGCCUGGGUUCCCGACGAAGGUGUUCAUGGCGGCGCUGAGGAAUCAUUUGGGGGAUAAGCCGCUGCAGUGGGUUGCGCCGUCGGAUAUUGGUGUUUUUGCUAUGAAGGCGUUUACGGAGCCGGAGACGUGGAAUCGGAGGGCAGUUGGGUUGGCGGGUGAUGAGUUGUCGUGGCAGGCGAUGAAUGAGGCGUUUGCUAAUGCGACGGGGGAGCCGGUUCCGGUUACGUAUUGGUUUUUUGGGAGUGUGUUGACGUAUUUAGCUAAGGAGUUGGCGUUGAUGAUCGGGUGGUUUGCGAGUGAUGGGUAUAAGGCGGAUGUUGCGGCUAGACGUAAGGAACAUCCUGAGAUGUUGACGAUGGAGAAGUGGUUAGUUAAGGAAAGUCAGUUUGAUACCACGCAUAAGUCGUGAGGGGGUGUUCUUGAUGGGAGAAGUGUAAUGGC